AGAAAAUGGCCGCUGGGUGUGGCGAGGGAGCGGAGCAGAGAGCCGCGGCCUCCUGCCCUCGCGUCCUCUGACACCGCCCGCGGCCGAGCCCGUUCCGCGGAGCCGAGGGCCCUGUCCUCCGAGCGCGCCGUGAGACGGUUUUGAAAUAAAGAUAACGGCAGCUUUCUGUGACAAUGUCGGUUCUGAUAUCACAGAGUGUGAUCAGUUAUGUGGAAGAAGAAAACGUCCCUGCUCUGAAAGCUCUUCUUGAGAAGUGCAAGGAUGUGGACGAGAGAAACGAGUGUGGCCAGACCCCGCUGAUGAUAGCCGCCGAGCAGGGCAGCCUGGAGAUAGUGAAGGAGCUGAUUAAGAACGGAGCGAACUGCAACCUGGAAGACUUGGACAACUGGACAGCACUCAUAGCCGCGUCUAAAGAAGGGCACGUGCACAUUGUGGAAGAGCUGCUGAAGUGUGGAGUGAACUUGGAGCACCGCGACAUGGGAGGAUGGACCGCUCUCAUGUGGGCGUGCUAUAAAGGCCGGACUGAAGUUGUAGAACUGCUUCUUUCGUAUGGCGCCAACCCGAGUGUCACUGGUCUGCAGUACAGCGUGUACCCGAUCAUCUGGGCGGCGGGGAGAGGCCACGCAGACAUAGUGCGUCUUCUGCUGCAGAAUGGUGCUAAAGUCAACUGCUCCGAUAAGUAUGGAACCACCCCUUUGGUUUGGGCUGCACGCAAGGGCCAUUUGGAAUGUGUGAAACAUCUGUUGGCCAUGGGAGCUGAUGUUGAUCAAGAAGGAGCUAAUUCAAUGACUGCUCUCAUUGUGGCAGUGAAAGGAGGGUACACACAGUCAGUAAAAGAGAUUUUGAAGAGGAAUCCUAAUGUCAACUUGACGGAUAAGGACGGAAACACAGCUCUGAUGAUCGCCUCCAAGGAGGGGCACACGGAAAUUGUCCAGGAUCUGCUUGAUGCUGGCACAUACGUGAACAUACCUGACCGGAGUGGAGACACCGUGUUGAUCGGUGCUGUCAGAGGGGGGCAUGUGGAGAUCGUCCGUGCACUGCUCCAGAAAUACGCCGACAUUGACAUCAGGGGCCAGGACAACAAGACCGCUUUGUAUUGGGCUGUUGAGAAAGGGAAUGCCACGAUGGUGCGAGACAUCCUGCAGUGCAAUCCUGACACCGAGAUAUGUACCAAGGACGGUGAGACGCCUCUCAUAAAGGCCACCAAGAUGAGGAAUAUUGAGGUCGUGGAGCUGCUGCUGGAUAAAGGGGCCAAGGUGUCCGCUGUGGACAAGAAAGGAGACACUCCCUUGCAUAUUGCCAUUCGUGGAAGGAGUCGGAAACUGGCAGAACUUCUUUUAAGAAAUCCCAAAGAUGGGCGGUUGCUUUAUAGGCCCAACAAAGCAGGCGAGACGCCAUACAACAUUGACUGUAGCCAUCAGAAAAGUAUUUUAACUCAGAUAUUCGGAGCCAGGCACCUCUCUCCCACUGAGACGGACGGCGACAUGCUUGGCUACGACCUGUACAGCAGCGCCCUGGCCGACAUCCUCAGCGAGCCCACCAUGCAGCCGCCCAUUUGCGUGGGCUUGUACGCACAGUGGGGGAGUGGCAAAUCUUUCUUACUCAAGAAACUCGAAGAUGAAAUGAAGACGUUUGCAGGGCAGCAGGUCGAACCCCUGUUUCAGUUUUCAUGGCUCAUCGUGUUUCUUACCCUGCUGUUUUGUGGAGGACUCGGUUUGGUGUUUGCUUUCACAGUUGACCUAAAUCUUGGAAUAGCAGUGUCACUGAGCUUCUUGGCUCUCUUGUAUAUAUUCUUUAUUGUCAUUUACUUUGGUGGACGAAGGGAAGGAGAGAGUUGGAAUUGGGCCUGGGUCCUCAGUACCAGACUGGCAAGACAUAUAGGCUAUUUGGAGCUCCUGUUCAAACUGAUGUUUGUGAAUCCACCAGAACUGCCGGAGCAGACGACCAAAGCUUUACCUGUGCGGUUUCUGUUCACAGAUUACAACAGGCUGUCCAGUGUGGGUGGAGAGACCUCGCUGGCGGAAAUGAUCGCCACCCUCUCGGACGCCUGUGAGAGAGAGUUUGGCUUUUUGGCCACCAGGCUUUUUCGAGUAUUCAAGACUGAAGAGACUCAGGGUAAAAAGAAAUGGAAAAAAACGUGUUGCCUCCCGUCUUUCGUCAUCUUCCUUUUCAUCCUUGGCUGCAUUGUUGCUGGGAUCACUCUCCUGGCUGUGUUCAGGGUUGAUCCGAAACAUCUGACGGUGAAUGCUGUCCUCAUAGCGAUGGCGUCUGUGGUGGGGCUGGCCCUUGUGCUCAACUGUCGGACGUGGUGGCAGGUGCUGGACUCUCUUCUGAACUCUCAACGAAAACGCCUCCAUAAUGCCGCCUCCAAAUUGCAUAAAUUGAAAAGCGAAGGUUUCAUGAAAGUUCUGAAGUGGGAAGUGGAACUGAUGGCCAGGAUGGCAAAAACCAUCGACAGCUUCACUCAGAAUCAGACGCGGCUGGUGGUGAUCAUCGACGGGUUAGAUGCUUGUGAGCAGGACAAGGUGCUGCAGAUGCUGGACACGGUCCGGGUUCUGUUUUCCAAAGGCCCAUUCAUUGCCAUUUUUGCAAGUGACCCACACAUCAUCAUAAAGGCAAUUAACCAGAACCUCAGCAGUGUGCUUCGUGACUCGAAUAUAAACGGGCACGACUACAUGCGCAACAUCGUCCACCUGCCUGUGUUCCUUAACAGUCGUGGGCUGAGCAGCGCCAGACGCUUCCUCGUGAGCUCGACAGCGAACGGGGACAUUCCGUGUCCGGACGCGGCAGGGAUGCAGGAAGACGCUGACAGAAGGGUCUCACAGAACAGCCUCGGGGAGCUGACGAAGCUCGGCAGCAGGACAGCCCUCAAUCGACGGGACACGUACCGGAGGCGGCAGAUGCAGCGCACCGUCACCCGGCAGAUGUCCUUUGACCUCACCAAGCUGCUGGUCACCGAGGACUGGUUCAGCGACAUUAGUCCCCAGACCAUGAGAAGACUGCUGAACAUUGUUUCUGUGACAGGGCGGUUACUGAGAGCCAACCAGAUUAGUUUCAACUGGGACAGACUUGCUAGCUGGAUCAACCUGACAGAGCAGUGGCCGUACCGAACUUCCUGGCUCAUAUUAUAUUUGGAAGAAACCGAGGGUGUGCCCGAUCAGAUGACUCUGAAAACCAUCUAUGAGAGAAUAUCAAAGAAUAUUCCAACAACUAAAGAUGUGGAGCCGCUCCUUGAAAUCGAUGGAGAUAUAAGAAAUUUUGAAGUGUUUUUGUCUUCGAGGACGCCGGUUCUUGUGGCGCGAGAUGUAAAAACCUUUUUGCCGUGCACGGUAAACCUAGAUCCCAAACUACGGGAAAUUAUCGCAGACGUCCGCGCGGCCAGAGAGCAGAUCAACAUAGGGGGGCUCGCGUACCCCCCGCUCCCCCUCCACGAAGCUGCGGCGCGGGCGCCCUCGGGGUACAGCCAGCCCCCCUCCGUGUGCUCUUCCGCCUCCUUCAACGGGCCCUUUGCAGGCGGGGUCGUGUCGCCGCAGCCCCACAGCAGCUACUACAGCGGCAUGACGGGCCCCCAGCACCCCUUCUACAACAGGCCAUUCUUUGCCCCAUACCUUUACACGCCAAGGUAUUGCCCUGGCGGUUCCCAACAUCUCAUCUCACGCUCAUCAGUAAAAGCGAAUUUGCCCAGAGAUCAGAACAAUGGCCUAGGGUCAGGCCCAGCCUCAGGCCCGGCGAUGUCACUGCACGCAAUGAACGUGGAUGCCGUGUGUGAGAAGCUGAAGCAGAUCGAAGGGCUGGACCAGAGCCUGCUGCCUCAGUACUGCGCCACCAUCAGAAAGGCAAACAUAAACGGCCGUGUAUUAGCUCAGUGUAACAUUGAUGAACUAAAGAAGGAGAUGAAUAUGAACUUCGGAGACUGGCACCUUUUCCGAAGCACGGUACUCGAGAUGCGGACUGCAGAAAACCAGGUGGUGCCAGAAGACCCACGGUUCCUGGGCGAGAACGCGGGUGGCGCCGGCACCCACAGCGAGCCCGCCCGGCGCACCUCGCACACGGAGCUGCCGCACACGGAGCUUUCCAGCCAGGCUCCCUACACACUGAACUUCAGCUUCGAGGAGCUGAACACCCUGGGCCUGGACGAGGGGGCCCCGCGCCACGGGCAUCUGAGCUGGCAGUCACAAACUCGCAGAACUCCAAGUCUUUCGAGUCUCAACUCCCAGGACUCCAGUAUCGAGAUUUCGAAGCUCACUGACAAGGUGCAGGCUGAGUAUAGAGAUGCCUACCGAGAGUACAUCGCUCAGAUGUCCCAGCUGGAGGGGGGCCCGGGGUCCGCCACGCUGAGCGGCAGGUCGUCCCCCCAUAGCACGUACUACCUGGGCCAGAGCUCCUCGGGCGGCUCCAUCCACUCUAACCUCGAGCAAGACAAGGGGAAGGAGAGCGAGCCAAAGCAGGAGGACGGGAGGAAGGCGUUCCUGAUGAAGAGGGGCGACGUCCUGGACCACUCCUCCUCGGGGGUGUCCACCAGCGACGCCUCGCCCCUGGACCCCAUCACGGAGGAGGACGAGAAGUCCGACCAGGCGGCCAGUAAGCUGCUCCCGGGCAGGAAGCCCUCCGAGCGGCCCAGUCUCUUCCAGACCGAUCUGAAGCUCAAGGGCAGCGGGCUGCGCUACCAGAAGCUGCCGAGCGACGAAGACGAGUCCGGGCCGGAGGAGUCGGACAAGACCCCGCUGCUCCGGGACGACAAGGAGGGGGUCGUGGCGGGCAAGGCGGAGCGCGCGGCCAAGUCGCCGGAGCACAGCGCCGAGCCCAUCCGCACCUUCAUCAAGGCGAAGGAGUACUUGUCGGACGCCCUGCUGGACAAGAAGGACUCGUCCGACUCGGGCGUGCGGUCCAGCGAGAGCUCCCCCAGCCACUCUCUGCACAACGAAGCGGCCGACGAGGCUCAGCUGGAGAAGGCGAACCUCAUCGAGCUGGAGGACGGCUGCCGCGGCGCGGCUCGCGGGCUGCCGCACAGCCUGAGCGGGCUGCCGGAGCCCGCCCUGGCCCGCAUGUCCAUCUGCUCGGAAGACAAGAAGAGCCCUUCCGAGUGCAGCCUGCUGGCCAGCAGCCCAGAAGAGAGCUGGCCCGCGUGCCAGAAGGCCUACAACCUGAACCGCACCCCCAGCACCAUGACCCUCAACAACAACAGCGCCCCGGCCAACAGAGCCAACCAGAAUUUCGAUGAAAUGGAGGGGAUGCGGGAGACCCCUCAGGUCAUCUUGAGGCCCAGUUCCGGCCCCAGCCCCACUGCCGUGCAGAAUGAAAACCUAAAGAGCUUGACGCACAAGCGCAGCCAGCGUUCCAGCUACGCGAGGCUCUCCAAGGAGUCCUCGGAGCUGCACGCGGGCGCCUCUUCCGAGAGCACAGGCUUCGGAGAGGAACGAGAGAGCAUCCUCUAGGAGGGCGGCAGCAGUGGGCCCCUCACCUCCCGAGCGUCGCCCUGCGUCUCCAUGCGCAGCACUUCCCCCGUAGUACCCGUUCACCCCAGAUGACGCGCGCUAGGGCUUUGGUGAAGGGACCUGCGCAGUGCAGGAGUGGCAGUGAGGUCCUACGAGAGCCGCCCACCUCCCUGCGCUCCCUGGACCUCCCUGACCCCCAGCCCCUGCAGCGGAGAUGAGACGGAUCGGACGUGCUGCGCCAUCCGCCCAGAAAAGCAGCCGCCAGGCACCCGUUUUGUAGAGCACGCGAUUGGUCAUUGGUGGAAGCCAGGGCGUGGAGCAAGGGGAGGGGUUUACUCUAGGGCGGAAUUCGCAGGUUCUGCUGCAGCCCAGAACCUAGAGGCGCGCGCGCUCGCUCAAUGGAGAACCAGUGUUGUAGGUAACAGACACAUUGCUUACAAAGAGGUUUUAAUUUUAAGUAAGGAAUGGGCAAAGUGUUUUUAAAGCCGGAUAAGGAAGUGAGUCCGCAGUACCGGAGGUGGGUGCCCGGGCCCCAGGAGCUGUCAGGGGGGCAGGUGGAUUCUCUUCCCUGCCAGUCCCAGCCUGGCCUCCCGGUGCCCGGCGAGCCUCCCGGUGCCUCCUGCAACCUUCCCCGGGGUGCUCAGCUCUGCCCCGUGAGUUUCGCCUCGAGGAGUCCAGGAGACGGUGCCAUGCUAAUGGGCGCUAAUGCUCGUGGGCCUGGGUGACUGAGGCCAUUCUGUCCCAAAGGUCGGGAGCACUGGUGAGUGACAAGGAAAUCGUUAGGAAAAGUCCGAAUCUUUGCCUUCCCUGCCCGCUUGUCUUCUGUCUCUCCUGGGUCAGCACGUUCAUGCCGGGGGAGGAGCCUACGGAUCGAAAUGCUUUCUAAAAAGGGUUGUAAACAUGAAACAAAGCAAGAGUAGCAACAAGAUCAAACUGACACAACCACGACUUUGUGUAGCAUUCGUUUGUUUAGCAUUAGCAGAGUUAAGAUGAUCACAUUCAGUAGCGUGAGGGCCGGAAGGUUCCCGGCCGUCGCGCACUGAUGAUUGUUGUCGUUUUAGUGUAGCUCGUGCGCGCGGAGUGGACGCCGGCAGUGUGUGCUGGGCCCCCGUAGUGCAGCGGUGACCUCGCCACGGCGCGGUACCUGGGGUUAGCGCUCCGUGUCCACGUCCGUGUCCGUGUCCGUGUCCGUCCCGUGAUGGAUUUCUGGUGGUGUGCUGAUUAAAUUACUUGCUUGGCCAGCCACUGUGGGUGUUUCAUUGUCUGCAUGUUUGAGUGGAAUUUAGCAUUUUAAUAAUAUGUUUAUUUUGCACGAUUUUCAACAAAUGUUUAAUUUAAAAAGGCAGUAUGUUAUACAUGGAAGUGUUAGCAUUUUAAUAUUUAUAGUGUUCAUUAGUUUGCAGUAUUGUGUAAUUACUGACUCUCAAAGGCAAUAUUUAGUUCCUUUUCAGGUGUGUGGUUGCAGGGUGAUGUCAUUGGAGAGUACAGUCUUUAUACUGUUUGUGAAAUUAAUACUGAAUCAUUACGUGUACAAACAGACUUAGGAAAUAAUAAAAAAAUGCAUGCUAUGCUGACUCAUGGAUUUUUAUUUACUACCGCG